CUAGUACUGGAACGAUGAUCGUAUUUGUUGUCUUCGUSGAGAGAGWKMGUUCUUUUCCCAAUCCAGURAAGAAUAAUGGAGRCAGAGAAAAUUCACACCACUCAGAAUUUCCAAACCAGAUCUGUCUGACACAUCGUACAAUAACAAUUAGAACAUCSACCAUGACUCGUCAAUCCGUGAAGGGGGGAUACUGCGACUGGCCCGACACAGGCGGUUGCGCACUAACGAAACUGGAGUGCGACGACCCCGCAAACUUUCGCUCGGUCCGCCAGAUGCAGGGUGCACCGGUCCGGGCCCACGGCGGGAGCUGCCGGUGGCAGGAGUCCAUCAAGAAAACCGUCCUUGGAAGAUGCACCACCGGCGACGAUGGCGUUCCGACGCAGUGUGCGUCCGAGGUGGAGGCAUGCCCCGAAACCGACGCGACCAGGGGCUUUUUGGGAGAGAUCCCCGAGUGCACGGUGGAAACCACCUCCUUUGGGCGUUGCGACUACGGCAUGUGUGCCUGGAGCCACAAGCACUGCGUCGAGGACAACACGUGGGACGCAUUCGACGAGGGAUGCACCUGUGACAAGGUCCAGGUCGGUGCGUGYACCCGUUUUGUUGAUGGCGAACGAGAAUCCUUUUGCGCCGUGUCGGAGGAUGCCUGCGACGACGAACAAACCUGGCUUGCUCCCCAUGGGGUGAAGCAAGCCUCUGGAUUCGAUUGCUAUCUGUGCCGCGAAAAGGCUCCGCCUUCUACCGCAAUGGUUACCGAUGAAAACGAUGGGUUUSAAGCGAUUGCCGUCGAAAGCGAUUUCGGAAAGGCCCCUGGAAGAAACAGUGCCGAGACGACCACAAUUAUUGUUAUGGCAGUCUUGGGUGUCGUAAUUUCUCUCUUGAUUGUUGGAGUUGUCGGAUGGAAGACCUUCCAGRCGAGACGGGCCAUCAAGCGCUCAAAUGACGGUGUUUUCUCGAAGGAAGAAGCCCCUCCUGCCACAGACAUUGAAAUCUCUCAGAAUACCGGCAACGCCGGUGAGUUUGGUCCUUCGACAGACAUGGACGAAGCAUCUGUUCUAAGCGAUGACGAUUGAGGCUGUCUCCGUGACGAUGCCGUGUGAAAUCUUACCAUUUUAGCGCUUGUAGUAAUAAAUCAAAUCCAUCCGAGUUA